GAAGUGCGUCACAGCGGCGGGCGGCGGCGGGGCGCAUCGGGGGGUCUCGGGGGGGGAGGCUGCUCCUGCCGGGGUCGUCGGGGGACCGCGGCGAACUGGGGCCAGGGCGGCGGCGGCGGCGGGGGACACAGGAGGAGUCCCGCGCCGGCCCCAGGUCCCGGCUAUGGCCGCGGCCACCAUCGUGCACGACACGUCUGAGGCGGUGGAGCUGUGCCCCGCGUUCGGCCUGUACCUCAAGCCCAUCACCAAGAUGACCAUCAGCGUGGCGCUGCCGCAGCUGAAGCAGCCGGGCAAGUCCAUCUCCAACUGGGAGGUGAUGGAGCGGCUGAAGGCCAUGGUGCACAGCCACCAGUUCUCCACGCUGCGGAUCACGAAGAGCACCAUGGACUUCAUCCGCUUCGAGGGCGAGGUGGAGAACAAGAGCCUGGUGAAGGCCUUCCUGGCCUGCCUGGACGGCAAGACCAUCAAGCUCAGCGGCUUCUCCGACACCCUGCGGGUCCGCGCCGCCGAGUUCAAGAUCGACUUCCCCACGCGGCACGACUGGGACUCCUUCUUCCGCGACGCCAAGGACAUGAACGAGACGCUGCCGGGGGAGCGUCCGGACACCAUCCACCUGGAGGGGCUGCCCUGCAAGUGGUUCGCCCCGCGGGACGCGGGCUCCGAGAAGCCCAGCGAGGACGUGCUGGUCAGGGUGUUCGAGAAGUUCGGGGACAUCCGCAACGUGGACAUCCCCAUGCUGGACCCCUACCGGGAGGAGAUGACGGGGCGCAACUUCCACACCUUCAGCUUCGGGGGGCACCUGAACUUCGAGGCCUACGUGCAGUACCGCGAGUACGCGGGCUUCAUCCAGGCCAUGAGCGCCCUGCGCGGGAUGAAGCUCAUGUACAAGGGCGAGGACGGCAAGGCCGUGGCCUGCAACAUCAAGGUGUCCUUUGAUUCCACCAAACACCUGAGUGACGCGUCCAUCAAGAAGCGGCAGCUGGAGAGGCAGAAGCUUCAGGAGCUGGAGCAGCAGAGGCGGGAGCAGAAGCGCCGAGAGAAGGAGGCGGAGGAGCGGCAGAGGGCCGAGGAGAGGAAACAGAAAGAGCUGGAAGAACAGGAGAGAGAGAGAAAAAGAGAGGAGAAGCUUCGCAAGAGGGAGCAAAAACAGAGGGAACGUGAGUUCCGCCGGAGCCAGAAGAAGCUCGAGAAGCUCCAGGCAGAGGAGCAGAAAAAGCUGCAGGAGAAAAUCAAGCUGGAGGAGCGCAAGCUGCUGCUGGCCCAGCGGAACCUGCAGUCUAUCCGGCUGGUCGCGGAGCUGCUGAGCCGGGCCAAGGCCGUCCGGGUGCAGGAGCAGGAGCGGAAGGAGCAAGCGCGGCGCCUGCAGCAGCUGGAGGAGCGGCGCCGGCUGCAGGAGGCUGAGCUGCGGCGCGUGGAGGAGGAGAAGGAGCGCGCGCUGGGGCUGCAGCGGCGGGAGCGCGCGCUGCGCCAGCGUCUGCUGAGCAUUCUGCUGAGCCGGACGGCCGACGACCCCCGGGCGCGCGCCCCGCUGGCCGGCGCCCACGCCGACCUGCUGCAGCCGGUCCUGGACAUCCUGCACACGGUGUCGGCCGGCGGCGUCGCCGUCGCGUCCUCGCUGCACGGCCUCGGGGGCCAGCCAACCCCCAGCGCCGCGAGGGACACCCCGCCGCGGCCGGAUGGCGACCGCUCCCCCGGAGACGUGAACGGGAGUGUGGCCGAGGAGGGCCCGGGCGGGGACCGGCAGCCCGCGCGCCCCGUGGCCCCGGACGACGCCUCGCCGGAGAAAAGGUGCCCGGCCGUGCUUUCCUGCAUCCCCGACAACAACCAGCAGCCCAAGGGCGUCCCCGUCGCCUGCGAGCAGAGCGCGCCCAAGAAGGACGCCCGUUCCGAGCAAGACAAGUGCAACCGUGAGCCCAGCCGGAGCCGGGCCAGCGGGGACCACGGCGCCGAGCACCGACACAAGCGGGAGAGGAGCCGGCCGCGGCGGGCAGGCAGCCGGGAGGACGGGCGGCCGCGGAAGGACGGGAAGGACCGGCGGUCCCAGCAGAAGCGCGCACAGCAGGAGGCCGGCGCCCCGCGGCGCAGCGCCAGCCCCGACCACACCCCGUCGCGCAGGUCCCACAGCAGAGAGCGCUCCGGCCGCAGGGACCGCAGCCGCGACCGCAGGGGUGGCUCGGGCCGGAGGCGCAGCCGCCACCGCCGCGGGGACAGGUCGCGCUCGGGGUCCCCCAGCCGGCGCCACAGCUCCUGGAACAGGUAAUGCAGGCCGCGGCGUCCUGCUGCCGCCCAGGGAAGGUCGGACCAGCGCGCGCGGCCUCCUCCCAGCGCCCGGAGCGAGCGUCCAAGGAGCCGCCGCAUGGAGGAGGGCGGCGCGGUACGAGUGUGCUGUCGUCGGCCGCUG